UUUUGUCACUUUCGGGGAAAAUGUACUGCAGGAGUGCAUGCUGUAACCGCUGGUCAUCCGAGGAGAGGUUGGAGGGCAAAACGGUCAUUAUCACUGGAGCUAACACAGGAAUCGGCAAAGAGACCACCAGGGACCUUGCAAGGAGAGGUGCACACAUCAUCAUGGCGUGUAGGGACUUGGAGAGGGCAGAGGAAGCCAGGACAGACAUUCUGGAGGACACAGGAAAUGAGAACAUUGUCAUCAGAAAACUAGACCUGUCUGACACCAAGUCCAUCAGAGCCUUCGCUGAGCUGAUCAACAGGGAGGAGAAGCAGGUGAAUAUCCUGAUAAACAAUGCAGGCAUCAUGAUGUGUCCUUACUCCAAGACUGCCGACGGCUUCGAAAUGCAGUUAGGAGUCAACCAUCUUGGUCACUUCCUGUUAACUUACCUGCUACUGGACCUAAUCAAGCGUUCGGCUCCGGCCCGUAUUGUCGUUGUGGCAUCGGUGGCCCACACCUGGACCGGCUUACAACUGGACGACAUCAACAGCGACAAGAGUUACGAUACGAUGAAGGCGUACGGACAGAGCAAGCUGGCAAAUGUCCUUUUUGCAGGGUCCCUCGCCAAGCGAUUACAAGGUACGGGGGUGGGCGUCUUCUCCCUCCACCCUGGAGUGGUACAGUCCGACCUAUGGCGGCACCAGCACCAGUGUAUCCAGGCAGCGGUCAAGAUCUUCCGGGUGUUCACCAAGACAACAGUGGAGGGGGCUCAGACCACCAUCUUCUGUGCUGUGGAGCCAGGCCUGGAGAGCCUGAGUGGAGGCUACUUCAGUGACUGUGCCCCGGCCACAUGCUCCAGGACGGCUUUGGACGAUGACUUGGCCCAGAAACUGUGGGAGAUCAGCUGUACCAUGCUUGGCAUCACAUGGGAGUAA